AUGGCUACCUCGAUAUGUAAUGCCCAAAGCGUACUGCGACCAGCAUGCCGUGUACCCCAUAACUCUCGAUUGGGUCAGACUCGCUCUUUCAGAUUCAAUAUGUGGUCUUCCUACCUAGAUCCCGUCUUUAAAAAGGAGUUGCAGCGCCACAUUCGAGGAUCCAGACGCAAGUACAUUGAAACACUAAAUCGAAAGCUGCUGUGGGAUGGCCACUUACCAGAUUAUGCGAGACGCCAGCUGAAAGGCUUGAUGUGUACUGCCUUGCAUCGUCAAAACCAGACAGGUCGCGGUGGUCGGUGGUCUGAUAUUGACGACAUAUUUGGCGUAAACGAGAAGCCGCAAAGGGCGAAUGAGGACGGCAUUGAAGAUGUGGAGAGGGACGCAGUGGAGACGUUGUUUUCCAGCCACCCCAAAUAUGCGUCUCCUCGUCAAACGGAUCGAUUAGAUAAUUAUCAACAAUCUCCGACUGAGAGAGACUAUGAAAUUGAUCCAAUCACAAACCGGAAAGUGUUUAAAAAUCCAUCAAUUAAGCCCCAGACGCCCAACAGUGUUGAUGACACUCCAGAGGACCGUUUGCGAAGUAUUUACGGCAGACGAGUGGAUUCCUUGCUCAAGAGACAAUUAAACAUGGAUAACCAGCCGAGUAAUGAGGCCACAGAAACCCUUUUCUCCUCGGGCGGCGGUAUGCACUAUCGUUCCAUCAUAUUUCCUGGUCCAAUGUUUCCUUCGGAAGUUGAUACAUCUGUAAACUCACAAGCACCCCAGCCAAAGCAAGGAGGUCCUGAGCUACAAAAGCCAAUUGCCUCUAGAAAAGGACCAUUCAAGAGCACCAGUGGACCAGCGAACAAUUCGUCGAAGCCUUCGACAUUCGAUCCCGUCGAAUCAGGUCUCAAAACAUAUGAUUCUAAGGCUCAUUAUGAUCAGCCCUUCACAGCGUAUGAACCUGACGGGCAACCUCCAUCGGAAGAUUUGACCGAUCCCGCUGAGGAGGGGUUUAAAAUAUACGAUGCAAAGGUGGCAAGGGAAAAGAAGAACCACGAAAGCAAAUUGAGGUCUACUUCCCGUCCGGUGCAAGGGAGGGAAAGAUUUAAAUCGGCGAGGGUCGAGAAAGCCCAUGAACCCGAAGCUGGCCUUGACAAGUAUGAUUCGAAAGCUUCAUAUGACAAACCCUUCAUGGCCUACGAGCCUGAUGGGCAGAGGUCUACCGAGGAGGCAGAAGAUCUGGAGCAAAAGGGUUACGAAGAAUAUGACCAAAAACAUCCCUAUGGGCCGGUCUUCCACAACGAACCAGAUGGAAAACCGGAGGAACAGGUGAGCCGUAGGGAUGAAAAUGGCUGGGAUAUUUAUGAUAAAAGGCACUCAUAUGGUCCGGUUUACCACAACGAACCAGAUGGCAAACCAGAAGAGCACAUUACUGCCCAAGACGAAGGUGGAUGGGAAAUUUAUGACAAAAAGCACUCAUACGGGCCAGUCUACCACAAUGAACCUGAUGGCAAACCAAACGAAGAACUCUGUAAUCCUAGCAAGGAGGAUGGUUGGGAAGUCUAUGACGAGAAGCAUCCAUAUGGACCUGUAUAUCAUAAUGAACCAGAUGGCAAACCGAAUGAAGAGCCUCGUGAUCCCAACCAGGAGGAUGGAUGGGAGGUUUAUGACAAGAAACAUCCAUACGGGCCCGUGUAUCACAAUGAACCAGAUGGUAAGCCCAACGAAGAGCCCUGUGAUCCCAAUCAGGAGGGUGGGUGGGAAGUAUACGACAAGGAGCAUCCAUACGGACCGGUAUACCACAACGAACCAGAUGGUAAGCCUAUUGGGAUAUCUACUCAACCACUUGAUCCCGUGCAAGAAGGACUUCGCGAGUAUGACAGUCGCAUUAAUUAUAGUCCCAGGCUCAGAUCGGUCAUCAACCACGAUCGGGAGAGAAAGGGUCGUUCGGUUGUUGGGAGCACUUUCAAGAAUGGGCAAUUUACACAUGCGAUGAUAAGAGCGAUGAGAGGGGCAACAUUGGAAAAGGAGUUUGGCAAGGCCCACGAUUGGUGGAAUGGAACUUUGAAGGAGGGAUCUGGUGCCACACAGAAGUUGAGCGACAAGAAGACCGUUCCCGAGGAGUCCGUCCUGGAGACAUCCAUUCCAGCUCAAUCUUCCAAGAUUACUGGGAAUUUUGUUCGUGACUUUCCAGAAGAGUUUCAAACAACUUGGAGCAAAGGGAAAUCCGAAUCGCUAGUUCCGAAGGUGGAACCGAAUAAGACGCCAUUGGAAAGUAGGAUCCAAAAUGCUGAAAAGGCCUACAUCGAUGGGCUGGCGCCUUCGGAUUCAUUUUGCCGCCAACCAGAUACCCCACGUUUACAGCCUUCCUUAGAUCGUAGCUCUCCCAAGACAGGAGCCACGACUUCUGAAGAGGCAAGCUCCGAGGACCAAUUUUUAAGUUCUAGUACACCAAUGAUACAGGGAGAAGGUGAUCUGUCAGAGUCAAUUUCAUCCUACGGACGCACUUCUCCUGAGACAUCCGAAGGUAACACAGAAGAGGUUGCAAUGUCGUCUUUGUCAGCAGAGGACUCGGAGGUUGAAAGGUUACGCCACGAAAUACAAAAUAUCUACGAUGACUCUAUGAGUUCACUGCAAUCAGGCUCCUCUGAAAAGCCGGUUCCUAAGAAUACAAACCAACAACCGACCCUUUAUAAAAUCCUAGUUUAUGAUCCAGAAUCGCAAUCUAUCGAUGUGGCAGAAACAACCUCCAUCGUAACCGAUUCUUCAGCACCUCCCACACCAGAUGAGGUACUUCUAAAAUUAUCUAACCCAGCCAAGUUCUUCCCGCACUUCCCACCAUUGGAAUCUCAAGGCUAUGAAAUUGUGUCUGGUUCAGGAAACGUCCUCAUUUUCCGCAAGGUUCGUGAUGGCCCCUCAACUGGUAUCACAGGAGAGCCUCUUGCAACGACGCAAGACCGAGCACGCCUCUUCACCAACCCCAUUGAUGGCAUGCAAAGCACUCCUAUCGCUACAACUGGAAAUUUUGCCUCCCCAACUGGUUUCGUAAACCAUGAUCUCCCAACUGAGCCUAGCAGCAAGCCAGAAUCCAUACCUGAUGACGAUUUCCAGCUACCAAUUAACAAUCGGGGGCUAUCAGAGCGGCAUGAGGAGUUUUUGAGGCAUAAUGAGUCGAUAUGGCAGAAGCUUUCAGUGCGGCGUGACCAUGAACGCGCACAGAGAAAGAGAACGGCCAGGCAAAGGAAAGCUAAGAGGUUCGUGCUGAUCAGUACUGGGUUUGCGGGGGUGGCUUAUGUGGUGGGGGUUGUGCAGGAGUAUUUCAAGACUGGGGGUAUUGAUGGAGUUGGUCCCCAGGGAUUCUGA